GUACGGCAAGGAUUUUAACAUCAGUUGAGUUUGAGUCUUUCAUACGAUCGGAUAACAUUUUAUGAGCGUUCCUAUUGAAAUACGUCCAAAAAGAAGAAGAAUUUAAAACAUAUUGAAACAAUUAAUUAAUUGGAUUGCAAAACAUAAAUACAAUUUUUGGUUGUGACGAGUGAGAGACAUUGAAUUCGAAAAGAACACGUGUUGGAAAUAUAAACAAACCGUUGUAUUGAUAACUUGCGUGUGUGCGAAUUUUGCAAAAAACCAUGUCCGUGCGACCCGUUUCCCCAAAAGUUCUAUUGGACAUAAGCUAUAAACCAUUGCCAAAUAUAAUGGAUCUACAACACAAUGUCAUCAAAUUGAUAUCCGUGGACCAGCAGGCCUAUAUGCAUAAUCAGAAUUUGUCACAAAAUAUGGAUCCCCAACAGAUGUAUGGCCAACAGCCCACAGCGGGCCAAUUGCCACACAUGAUACUAAAUGGUGGCGGCGGGGGCCGUCAGCAUCAUGCCAAUGAAUUUAUGUGCUAUGGUGGUCCAACUGGUGCGCCAGAUCAUGAAGAUAAUGAUUACAAUAUUCCAAGCAGUGAAAUUUUGAGUACCACCAGCAGCCACAGUGCCAGUUCCACCCCGAAUAGCCAUAAUUUAGGUUCCCCAGAAAUGAACAACAAUCACAGCUAUGGCCAUCCGGACUCUGCCCCACAUCAACAACAAUAUCAGUUAAAUGAAAAUGGUAAACGCAGCCGGGAGUUUGAUUGUGGCCCCAACGACAUUUUGCAGGAUAACAAAAAGUUACACAUUAGCCCCUUGGGUCAUCCCGCCCAGCAGCAGCAGCAACAUAAUAUCACCGGUCAUUAUGUUCAACAUAAUGAACAGAAAUUUUUUGUUGAAUACCUACCGACCACAGUUAAUGAAGUGAAUUCAACGUUGAACGGAAAUGGUAAUCCCUCAUCAGGGGCGAAUGGCGCCCAAAUGGAGACACAAAAUUGCAGUGGAUCGCCACAUUUUGAGUUUACCGACGAAGAAAUGGCCGAGAAUAGCCAAGAUAAUUUUAAGCAUAUUUUCCGGCAACAACAACAAAUGCAUCAACAGGAUCAGCUGCAACAGCAGCAGACACAAAGAGUGAAUGGCAUGUUACUACAAACAAACGGCGCCAGCAAUAUUCCUCCAAAUGCCAUACAUUCCAGUGGCGGGCAUCAGGUCACAGGUGGUUAUGAACAAUUCGAGCAGGCGGGUUCCUUAAAUGGCAGUACCUAUUCCAGUUCAGAUCGGGAUGAAAUGGCCUCGUCCAGCAGCUAUAUGUUUCCCAAUGAAGAUGAACUCAGUGCCGGCGGUGGUUGUGAUACCAAUGAUGGCUCCAAGGAGUUUCGCAAGCCCAGACGUCGCACCAAACGUAAGGCCAGUAAAUCGGAAGACACCGAAGAUUUCCAUACGCAGCGCAUAAUGGCCAAUGUGCGGGAACGCCAGAGAACCCAGAGCUUAAACGAUGCCUUCAAAUCCCUGCAACAGAUCAUACCCACAUUACCCAGUGAUAAGCUCAGCAAAAUCCAGACACUUAAAUUGGCAACAAGAUACAUUGACUUCCUGUGUCGCGUGCUGUCCACAAGUGAAAUUGGCUUGCUCAAGGCCUUGGAUAAUAAUGCCGGUAAUGGUGGCUAUGCCAUGGGUGCUGCAUCCAUACUCAAUGAUGCCGAGGCAGAUCUUAAAAAUCUACGACGGGCAGCAGUGGCUCCCAUGAUACCGCCAGAGAAAUUGAGCUAUCUCUUUGGGGUUUGGCGAAUGGAGGGCGAUGCCCAGAAUAGUAAAUCAUAAUUUCCAUAAUGCAGCAGCAAUAACACAAAUUUGAUCCUUCCAAGCCUUCCAGCGCGUUAAGCAACUAUUGUGUGGUGCACAGUGCAACACUUGUUAUCAUUUCCAUUUAGUAUUAAUAAAAAAACACUCUCUAUCUUCCCUCUGAUCCCUUUCUAAGUAACAAAAACAAAAAAUCGUUCUACCAUGAUGUACAUAGACAUCUCCCCGCUCCCCCUUCUCAUGAAAACUCAUUAGGCUUAAGAUUAUGUUUAAGCAAAAAUUACCAUGUAAUUCCUAGUAUUUAUAGUUAAUAAGCAAAUUUUUAUUUUUUAUAUAUAUCUAUUUAUGUUUAUAGUAAAAACAACAACAACAAAAAAGAAAGAAAGAAAUAUAGGCUGCUCUAUGUGUUAUUACCACUUAAGCAAGUUGAGGUUGUUACAGGGUUUACAAUGGCCAAAGUUUUACCAUGUGAAACGUAUAGGUACAUAUUUUCUAGACCCCUAUAUUGUUAGUUUAAACUUUUUUAUGAACUCAAAAGGAAGAUGAAAAAAAUCCAACAAAUAAACACAAAAGAAACUGAAUUGUUAAAAUCCUACAAAAAAAAAAAAAAAAAGAAAA